CAUGAAAAAGGCUCAGUUCAAGUCGCACGCCAGCAGUGGUCGGGCUGGCGGAUUUGGCGGCGGAUUUGGUGGCGGAUUUGGUGGAUUUGGUGGCUCAGCGCAGUCAUCUGUGCUCUCAUAUGUCCAAGAACCUCCCGACUACACCAUCAUCAGCGACUCGAAUAUUGUGCUUGCAUUCAAAAACCUCACCAAGAAGGACGGAACGACCAAGGCCAAGGCUCUCGAGGACCUGCAAGGCUACCUGAUUUCUGGCGAGACCGAAAUUGAGGAUGGCCUUAUCGAAGCAUGGGUGAAGCAGUACCCUAGGCUCUCUAUCGACAAUGCACGUCGAGUCCGUCAGCUCUCCCAUCAGCUUACAGGACAGAUGGGAGCGAGACUGGGAAAGCGAAUCGCCAAGCAUCUCCCAAAAAUCGUUGCACCUUGGCUGAGCGGGACAUUUGACGUAGAUCGUUCUGUCUCGAAAUCUGCGCAGGAUGCUCUGGCGACUGUGUUUCCGUCUUCAGAGAAGGUUCAAGGACUGCGGAAGACCUUUCACGAGUCAAUAAUCACAUACUGCAAGCAAGCGGUGUUGGAUGAGACUGUUGGCAGUCUUAGUGAUGAGCGGUCUGUCAGUGCUGAUGAUGCAAAAGGAAUGUAUGCACGAGUGGUAUCCUCGGGCAUUGCGGUAAUCUCAAGCUUGAUCGACAGCCUCUCGCCUGAGGAAUUGUCGAAGCAGAGUAGCACCUACGACAGCAUUCUGGGACAUAAGAAACUAUGGGAGCUGUCAUCUUAUGAGGACUCGAGCGUCAGGAAGGCCGUUCAUCGCUUGGUCCAACUUUGCCUGCAAAGGGAGAGGUCGUUCGUUGGAAACAACCAAAAACUCGCAUCUAACGCCUAUGUCUACAAAGGUCUGGCAUCUGAUCAGACGGGAUCUGCACUCGACUUCGUCUCCACCCUACACGCAUUGACGAUCGCAUUCCCGGACGUCUGGACAACUGCAUACUCUGGGAAGAAACCAGCUCUCUCUCGCCUACGGCAAUGCUUGAAGAGCGGCGCGCAUGCGGGUCCAGCAGGUUACUGGGACAUCAUGGCAGAUCUACUCCGAAGACUACCCAGCGAAGUCUUGCCAACAAGCUACGAUGACAUUGCCGAUCUUCUUCUAGCCACGCGAGAUGGUGUCAGCAGGAAGGAAGAGCGCUUCAAUGCAUCAGCGGCAUGGCCGGCAUACUUCAGCCUUCUUGACAUGGUAACGCAGCAAACAUCGGACGAAGACUGCGAAAACCUGCUGGAAGCAUUCGCCAUGCCACCGAUCAAUCACUAUCUCCAUCCUUCUGAUGAAAGCGCAAGGUGGAGCGUAACAGGCGCCAAGGCUGCGUCGCUGGUUGCAAAGGUCACCAUUGUGAAGCGCCUGCCACCACUUCUCGAACGCAAAUGGAAGCAUCUGGGCGACAAGCUCGUCGAAGUCGCAAAGAUGUCUCAGCCGGAGCAGUCGAAAGACUUCGACAAGUCACAGAAGCACGUGGCGACUGUAGGCGAGCGAUGGGCAGCACUGCAACGAGAGCUGUAUUCUAGCGAUUAUGGGUUCCUGGAUACAAUGAAGCAGGUGUUUGCAAGCGUGAAUACAAGCAUAGCGAGUGAGUGUAUUUCACUGCUCAAGACUCGCAACGGCAAGCCGUAUGGCGCAGCAGCUGUUCUUGAAGAGCAGCUGCGCAAUUGCGGAAGCUAUCUGUUGUCGGAAACAUCCUUCGCCGACUUGGUUAGAGGCUUCGUCACUGGAGAUGUGCCGCGGCUGGUGUAUAGUCCGUCGCAGAAGCAGAUCAUACGCUGUUUGUAUGCCGUACACUCCGAGCCUUGGUUUGCAGAGGCAUUCCAAGCCGUUCUCAGCCACGCUCUCGACAGCAAAGAGCCAGAAACCGCAAAGAUUAGUGCUUUACGCUCACUAUUUCCGCCCAAUACACCACCGUCGGUCAUUCAGGAUUCACAAGCUUCAGAACCACUGCAAGAGUUCCUAUCGAAGCAUGCUUCGCCCGGAACCGAGCGCGAACACACAACUUUGUUCUCAGAGCUCCUUAAGCUAGGCGUUGUCUCCCAGGAUACAUCUAAUGCGGUGCUCGCCGGUCUGACACAAAAGCUAUCGCUCUCUGGCAACGAAGUCCUUCUUGGACUGUCUGCGCUAGAUCAGGUCGCGAUGACGAACGAAAGCGCAGUCAGAGCAUUCAUGUCUGGAACCAACACUGCGGGUGAGCAAUUGUUGUCCAGUGUACUUCGCCUUGAGCAGUCACCCCAGGAUGAUGUCGCCGAGAAAGCUACAACCUUGUCGUCGCGACUGACAUCAUCUAUGGUUGACGCACCUGCGAACACCAAAUACGGAGUGAUUUUGCAGAAUCUUGAACGAGUUUCUGCAUCUUCAUUGCCCAUAGAGUCAGUUAUCGACCUUGCAAACAAAGUCAUUGGAGCAGGAGAGGAUGUGACAGAUAGCAGUGAACUUCUGCCAAAUCUCGAAACUUGGCGACAAGCAAUCUUUGCGACACUGAGACCGCUGAAAAGAUCUCUAGCAUUGCUUAGCCCUCUUGGAGGGGCUGUACAUCUUGUCGGAUCGGCAACCGAGACCGAAACUGCGCAUUACGAUGCAGAGGGCCUUUCACAGGCGCUGAGAAUUGCAAUGUACUACGCAAAUGUCCUCACGGCGGCGCAGAAAAUCUCGCUCCAGGGUACUGAUAAGGCAACUCUUCUCGCCCUCCUCAAUGUCUGUCUCCUUCUAGCCGAAGAUAACACCAGCAUUGCCGGCGCAAAUGGUCUGUGGAAAUCCAAUCAAGACUUGAACCUCGACAUUGAGAUCAUGGAAUUUGUUAGCAACGCGAACCAGCUUACUCGAAGUUACUGGGACGAAGUUGGCGCAGAUUCAGCAGCUCCCGGCCCAGCUCACUUCUUCGAUGUGCUUCAAGGUCUUCAGAAAGAACAUAUGGGAACGCCAGUCGCAUACUAUGCAGCACUUGCGUGCACAAAGUCGCAUGACAAUUUCUUCGAGCUGAAUGGAUACUCAGCGGAUCAGGCCAAGACCAGUGAGGAAAGACUUCGAAUGCUACGAUCAGCCAAGAACACUAUGGACCUCGUUGCAUAUAUCGUUGGCUUCGCACAGCCGCUGGGCGGAAGCCGAUUUCUGUCUCGCCUAUGCAACGAGACCGCAGCAGAUCUCACCGACAUGUCCCUGGAGGUCGAUCAAGCACGAGCUUUGGAAUCGCUCAUCCUCAUGAACCAGAUCUUGUACACUCAGCCUGACGAAAUCGACACUAUAGCCAAGAAUCGCAUAGUGUUCUUGGUCAAGCACAUCGUGUCCUGGCUCAAGACGGAUGCGCCUCUGGAAAUCAAAGCGGAAGUAUGCAAGUCGCUAUCGCAUCUCCUGGCCGGCAUGGCCGAUAUGUAUGGGGAUCACUGGACGAGCGUUAUCGAAUCGCUGGUCGACUUCUGGAACGCUUCUAGCUCCGUUGCUGAUAGAGGAGCAAUAUCUGAACCCAGCAUUCUGGUUAUUCACGCCACUUUGAAGCUCUAUGCCAGCCUGCGAAAGCUUUCUCGAGGGGAAGAGCCCAACGACGACCUUGCAGAUGCGCUCAAGCAAAGCGAGGACUCCCUCCGCGGAGGCUUGGUCGCAUUACUGCAAUCUGUCAGCGGCAUUCCUGACCAAUGUCACCAACCUUUGAUGGUCACCAAUGAGCUUCUUGCUCGACAAAUUUCCCAACUACCACCCAAGCCUGUCAGAGACGCAGAAGAGUUGUUCCCAUUGUUAUACUCUCCGUCUCAAGCCGUUCUUGGUGCUGCAUUUGAGCUUCUUCAUCAACAUAUCCCUCAGGCGCAGGAGCAGAUCUCAUUCGAUGCAGCGCUUGAAGACAAGAAGGCAAGCUUGCCCGACGAGCUCUUGUCGCUCCUCAUCGAUGCUCCGACUCUAGACUCACUAGCUGAUUCCUCUUUUGACACAAUGAUGCCAUUGAACUUGCAAGGCUACCUCUACAGCUGGCGCCUGGUAUUCGAUCACUUCACGGGCUCCAGUUACAGAGUCAAGGGUGACUAUAUCGAGCAGCUGAAAGAGAACGGCUGUCUCAAUGGCCUGCUGCAACUCGUUUUCGACUUUCUUGGCCACACGCGCGGUCGUCCGGUGGAUGCCUCCAACUUUGAUCUCAGAACUUACACGGCAAAUCAGGAAUCCGGCCCCGAGAAGGAUGUUCAGUCGCUGCUCACUCACCUUUACUACCUGUCCUUGGCCAACCUGCCCAGCCUUGUGAAGAACUACCUCAACAAUGAGAUUCGAUCCCGCCAAGCACCUAAGACCAUCGAGGCCUGGACAGCCAAAUUCAUCAGUCCGCUGAUCAUCAGCUCCAGCCUGGAAGAAGUGUCUCAGUGGAACGAAAAGAACGUCAAGAACGAUCCCGACUACGAAGCAAUGACCAUCAAAGUCAACCCUCGCGGCCGCGAAGUCUACGCAAACUACAUGGUCGAUGAGCAAACCAUGGCGAUGAAAAUCGUGCUUCCAGAAGCUUAUCCGAUGCAAAACGCUCGAGCCGAAGGCAUCAAUCGCGUCGCCGUGAGCGAGCAGAAAUGGCGCUCGUGGCUCCUCAAUUGCCAAGGCACCAUCACUUUCUCCAACGGCUCCAUCAUCGACGCUCUGACCAACUGGCGCAAGAACGUGGCCGGCGCGCUCAAGGGUCAAUCGGAAUGUGCGAUUUGCUAUUCCAUCAUCAACGAUGCGAAGGAGUUGCCGACCAAGCGCUGUCCGACUUGCAAACAGAUGUUCCAUAAUCAGUGUCUGUUUAAGUGGUUUCGAUCGAGUAAUUCUAGUACUUGUCCGCUUUGUAGGCAGCAGUAUCGGUAUCAUUAG